AUGUAUAAUUUUUUUGAUAGAAUCAAAGCGCCUCUAUCGGAAUAUAAAAGGUAUGCAGCGAAUCAUAAGAAAGAUGAUGAUUUUACAGAUAUUGAGGAUAAAAUAAAUUGUGGACAAUUUCCGAAUGAAUAUGGUAGUAAUGCAAUCGAGUUACCAAAUUCACCUACAUAUAAUAAUAAUAAUAAUAAUAAUAAUGGUUCACCAAACGUUUUAAAACAAUCUCAAUAUAUAAGUUUUAUAAAUCCAUUAUCAUUACCAUCAUCAUUGAUACCACCACCACCAAAUUAUACAUCACAACAAAAUCUAAGUGAUGUAAUGAGUAAUAAUGGUGGUGGUAGUGGUGUUGGUGUUAGUAGUAGUAAUAAUAAUUUAAAUUUAAGAAAUACGACAGUAUCAAUGACAUCACCUAGAAAUGUACCAAUAGUUACAUCACCUCGAAAUAUUACAAUCUCACCUACUGCAAAUAUAAUUUCUGUACCUGCUGAAAUUUCACAAUGUAAUGAUGUACCGAAUUCAAUUGGUUCACCACCAAUUGAAGUUGAGCAAUCACAUUUAGUACCAAAUAGCGAAUUAAAUAACAAUAACAAUAAUAAUAAUAAUAAUAAUGAAAAUGUUGGUGAAGAAGAUUUUCAAUCAUUAAUGGAUCAAUCGAAUAAAUUACAAAUUCAAAUGCAAAUGUUAAUGCAAAAAAUGCAACAAAUGCAACAAUUGAAACAACAAUUAAAUUUAAAACAUUCAUCAGCCACUAAUAUAUAUGUACCACCAAGACAAGUUAGAGUGUCUGGUCAAAAACCACCAAUUAGACAAAGACAAUUUCAAAUGAGACCUCCACAACAAUCUCAACAACAAUUUUUCGAUUUACCAAUUCAAGAGCAUGAACAUGAUAUACCCCAUUCAAAAAGACAAGAAUUUGAAGAUUCAUUAAGAAACACUACAACUGCAACAACAAAUUUUAAUGAAAUUGAAAUGCAAAAUUUAAACCAAACUUCAAGUAGAUUUGGUAAUAGUAAUACAUUUUAUAAUCCAAAUUUUGUGAACCAUAGUAGUGGCAGUUUAGAUGAGUCAACCAUAAAUGUUGAUUCACAAUAUCAACAACAUGAAAAAGAUAAAGAUAAUUCAAGUCAAUUAUCAAAAACUACAAUGACCACAUUACCAAUAGUUUCUCCACCACAAGUAAAAGGUGAUGUGAUUUUGAAUAUUGAUGAUGAAAAUGGUAAAACCAUUAUUAGUACAACAACAGUAACACCAACAACAAGUCCUCAUGGUUUAGUUGGUGAUGAUUCUCCAACGACAACAACAAUAAAAGGUGGAGAAAAUGGUGGUUCACCAUCAGUUGAUGGUGGUGGUGGUGCUAUAAUUGAUGGUAGAUCAACAAUUAAGAUGGUAAUACCAAAGAUAAAAUCAAAAUUUAAUAAAGAGAAAAUGCAAAGAUUUAAAAAAGGUGUAUUUCAAAUAUUGGCACCACCAACUCAAAAUUUACCAGUUCAUAUAGUUGAUCAAGAGUUGACAGAAAGUAAGGUGGUACCAUUUUUAAUGGAACUUGGACGUGCUUUGACAAUGUCUGGAGUGCCAUCGAAUAGAUUAGAAUUUGAGUUAACUUUAAUUAGUACUACUUUUGGUAUAGAUGGUCAUUUCUUUACAACACCAACUGGUAUUUUCUUUUCAUUUGGUUCACCUCAUUCAAUUCUUUCACCAUAUACUCAUUUCCUUAGAAUCAAUUCCACCGAUUACAAUAUGGAACGUAUGGUUAGAUUGGAGAGAUUGGCCGAUAAGGUUAUCUAUGGUGAAGUUAGUUGUGUUGAAGCAUUGGAGAAGUUAAGAAAGAUUCUAGCAAAGAAGCCAUUGUACAAUAUCUAUCUCACAACUUUUAGUUAUAUAAUGUCAUCAUUCACCAUUGCCUUCUUUUUCGAUGUUGGCUGGGUCGAGGUUGGAGCUUGUUCAAUCAUUGGAUUCUAUGUUGGCCUUUUAUGUCUACUCUCGAGUAAAGUGUCUUUGGUUGGCAGAGUUUUGGAGGCCUUGUCAUCUUGUGGUGGAGCAAUCAUUGCAUCGUUGUUCAAUUGCUACAUUUCGCCUAUCCCCAUAUUUACAGUGACCCUGGGCGGCAUCAUAUCGUUGUUGCCUGGUUUAGGCUUGACAUUGGCCGUAGCGGAGAUUUCAACUAGAAAUCUGGUUAGUGGCACCUCAAGAUUGGUUGGUGUUUUCUCUUGUUUAUUGCAAUUAACUUUUGGUAUUGCGUUGGGUACGAAAUUCUCAGAGGUAGUCAUGCCAGUAAGAGACGAAGUUUUACCUGUAACUUUCCCUGAUUGGGUAAUGUUUAUUGUAAUUCCGUUCGCUGCCAUUACAUUUGGUGUUCAAUUAAAAGUUCAUUGGAGAGAAUUUUGGGUUAUCAUCAUCGCUAGUUACAUUGGUGUAACCGUUGGUAAUUGGGGUAGUAAAUAUUUUGGUGAUGUUGGUGCUUUCUUUGGUUCAGCUGCAAUUUGUGCUCUAGGUAACCUUUACUCAAGAUUAACAAAUAUUUCUGCGGUCGUUCCAAUUAUGGCGGGUAUUAUUUUACUGGUUCCUGGUAGUAUGGGUGUUAAAGGUAUCGUUUCAAUCAGUGAUGGUGAUAUUUCCGGAGGAAUUGAUUUCAUUGGUGGUAUGUUUAUGACUGCUGCAAGUUUAACAAUGGGUUUAUUGGUUGCAAAUUUAAUUAUUGCUCCUCCAAAAUCGUUCUAA